AUGGUGGUCAACCUAUUCGAAGAUGUAUUAGAAGAUGUCAAGGGACUUAUAAAGUUGGGUCACAUAUGUAUUGACAACAACGUGUUCCGGUGCCACUACAAGGCGUCAGUCAUUAUACUGAUAGCCUUUUCCAUACUCAACACUUCCGGUCAAUUUUUCGGUGACCCUAUCGACUGUCUGUGUAGUGAUGAGAUAGGGGACGACAAAAACGACCUUUUGGACAGUUAUUGUUGGAUUCACUCGACGUUCACACUACCGAAAGCCCUCCACAAAAAGGUGGGCCUAGAGGUGGCGCACCCGGGCGUCGACCAGUACAAGCCCGACGAUGUCAAGGUGUACCACAAGUACUACCAGUGGGUGUGGUUAGUGUUGUUCUUGCAGUCCCUCAUGUUUUACAUACCGAGGUAUGUGUGGAAGUUGUGCGAAGGGGGCCGUAUAAAGUCGCUGGUGUUUGACCUGGAUAAGCCCGUACUCAAACCAAGUGAGAAACAGGAAAAACUAGGGCUACUGGUGCUGUACCUCAAGUCCAACAUCCGGUACCACAACUCGUAUUUCUUUUACUUUGUGAUCUGCGAAGUCAUGAACUUCGCGAACGUCAUAAUCCAGAUCUAUUUGGUCGACGGCUUUCUGGGCGGUGCGUUCACGACGUACGGCACGGAUGUCCUGAAAUACACUGAGCAGGACCAGGAGAAACGGGUGGACCCCAUGAUAGCUACUUUCCCACGGAUGACAAAGUGUACGUUCCAUCAGUACGGCCCGUCCGGUGACGUCCAGAGACACGACGCCCUCUGUAUACUACGCCUCAAUAUACUCAACGAAAAGAUGUAUAUUUUUCUCUGGUUUUGGUUCCUGUUUUUGGCCGCCAUUUCCGGCCUCGUGGUCCUCUACCGGUUGAUCAUUAUUUUUGUGCCCGCCUUCCGGUACUUAGUGUUGAGAUCGAGGGCCCGGAUGACUGAUCCCAAUCACCUGAAACUCGUGAUGGAGGUGUCGAAGAUUGGCGACUGGUUUUUACUGUACUUGUUGUGCAAAAACAUCGACCGCCAGAACUUCAAGGAACUCAUACAGGAGUACACCAAAGAGAUCGUGGAUGACGGGUCUGGACAGCACCUCAUGGCAUACCCCGAUAAUCCCGAUAAACUCAAGUAA